CGCCAGGCAGCCUGUAGCUUCCCGGGGUCCGAGCGCGUCGUCUUCCCGCCGCUGCCUUCUCCGUUGACUCCGGCCACAGGUCGCUGCCCGUGGCCCCGAGGCGCCCCUGGGUCUCUCCCGCGCGGAACCGCGGGUCCAUGGAGAAGGGCCCGGGUCCGGCCCCGGCCGAGAAGGCGCAGGGCGCGCGGUGCAGCAACGGGUUCCCCGAGGCGCGGGGCGCGCCGGCCACCGGCGGCUGGAGGAGCGAGCGGCCGCGCAGCCUGGAGGACGAGGCGCUGAGCCUGCCCGCGCUGGCCGCCGCCUACGCGUCCAUCCUGCGCUCGCUGGGCGAGGACCCGCAGCGCCAGGGGCUGCUCAAGACGCCCUGGCGCGCGGCCACGGCCAUGCAGUUCUUCACCAAGGGCUACCAGGAGACCAUCGCAGGUCAUACUGUGAAGACUGAGUGUCCCUCAAGUCCUUACAGUCACACAGCAAAGUGUCUUGCCAUAUUGGGUCUGCCAAGCUGGGCAAGUAGAAGCGCAGGACUUUUUCUAGAUGUCCUGAAUGAUGCUAUAUUUGAUGAAGAUCAUGAUGAGAUGGUGAUUGUAAAGGACAUCGAUAUGUACUCCAUGUGUGAACAUCACCUUGUUCCAUUUGUUGGAAAGGUCCACAUCGGCUAUCUCCCUAACAAGCAAGUCCUUGGCCUCAGCAAGCUGGCGAGAAUUGUAGAAAUCUAUAGCAGAAGACUACAAGUUCAGGAGCGCCUCACCAAGCAGAUCGCCGUGGCCAUCACCGAAGCCUUGCAGCCCGCAGGAGUCGGGGUGGUGGUAGAAGCCACACACAUGUGCAUGGUCAUGCGAGGGGUGCAGAAAAUGAACAGCAAAACCGUGACCAGCACGAUGCUGGGCGUCUUCCGGGAGGACCCGAAGACUCGAGAAGAGUUCCUGACCCUCAUCAAAAGCUGAGGGAGGCCGGCUUGUGGGUCCCACUGCCAGUGGCACUGUGUCUUCGUCGUCGUUGUACACAUUCCAUUUCCAGAUGUUACAGAUGUGAACUUGUCACUAAUUGUAUUUAAAAAUUAUUUAUAGGAGGUCAAAUAAAAAUAAUUACUAAAGAGGUGAGCCCUCUACUUUCUUCUUGCCACCUUUUAGUGGCAGUAUUAACGUGGACUGUGGAUAGUGUUAGGUUGUGUGCACAAAUCGCUGCUGGUCUGAUGCCUGAGGGUGCUGGAAGGAGGAGGACCCGUGUGUGGCCAUGGCAUUGGGAUCCUCUCGUGAUCUGACCCAGCAGCAUCGGAGCAUCCAGGAGCGCGGCCAAAACACUGCUUUUUCCUCCUCCUCCUCCGACAGAAGCGUGGAACAUCUGAAGUGCUGACAUGGUCUGUCACAGACAGGAUUGCUGCGUGGAUUCCGAUCGUGUUUGUUAACCCACUGGGGCACCAUGUGUUAUAGAUUUAUGAGCUGUCCCGUGUGAUGUAGUCACCGAGGGAAGGUGGUGGGAGAUCUGUUUAUUUUGCUGUGAGUUCCAACAAGGCACACUUCUACCCUCUCUUCUUUUUUAAUUCAAGUGCAGGAAAUUAGUUCCUGAAGUUGUUUACGAGUUUAUUCUCCUGUCACACACACAGGGACUUAGACACUGAACUCUCUGUGCCUUGAUGAGAAUAUGAUACCAGUUGGAGUGUAGACACCUUUGCCUUUUUUCUUCAAAGCCAUUCUUCUAUGAGGCUUGGUACUGACCCUGCAGAAGCAGUCGCCACCAAGUUUCUCGAGAAGUCUCAUAGGCUCUUAAUCUAUGUUCCAUGUAGAGGCCUCCACACAUUCCCUUUGGAUCUUAUCAGCUAUUUUGUCUAAGCUUUUUACAAGGCCCCGUGCUGGCCCCUGCCCAGCCACAUGCUGGUGACUGCCUGCACCCUGGGCUCUGCACCUGUCCUGUCCCGCCCUCAGGCUCGAGUUCAGCCCUGCUGUUCAGGGGAGCAAGGACUUUAGUCCAGGAAGCUGAUGCCUUAUUACUCGUUCUCUAAGAGUUGCCUCACUGGGGCAGUGUGGGCCGCAUCCAACCCCUAAGUCCCCUAUCAAACAUGAGCAUCAUUGCUCCCCAAGAAAGCCUCUUUUUUUUUUUUUUGGUACCGGGGAUCGAACUCGGGUCCUUGUGCUUGCGAGGCAGGCAGCAGAACCACUGAGCUACAUCCCCAGCCCCAGCCUCUUUUUUUUUUUUUGGUACUGGGGAUUGAACUCAGGACCUUGCACUUGCCAGGCAAGCGUGCCGCUACUGAGCUACAUCCCCAGCCCAAGAAAGCCUCUUAUUUGGCUGAGAUAGAGCUCUCCAAAGCCAGCCCACUCUUCAAGCAGAAUUCACCACAGUGCUCGAUUUCCUGCUGGCCCUCCUGUGUCUGCCACCCAUUUGCUCUUCUGCUUACAGUGAAGCCAGAUGGCAGAGGUGGCUUUUUCUUUGUUUGCUUCUGUUUUUGAAAACCUCUACUACAAAAAUCUCUUCCCUAGCCUUUCUAUAUAUGGAGUUUCUAAAGUACAGUGGUGGCUGGUUUUCAGUUCCUUUUAAAAUCUAACCUGGUAUAAACAGCCGGCUUAGUAUUUAGCCACUUCUAGGUAGAAUUGCAAGCAUUCAACUCAUGUUUAGUAUUUUAAAGUACAAACAAGUGUGACUUGGAGGACCAAAGACAUCUUGAGUUAUAAAUUCAUCCUUUUUGAGAACGUUUGUGUUCCUUUCCAAUGACCCCUUGCCCCGACAGUCCUCAGAGGUGUUCUUUACAAAAGUCUGAUGUGUCUAUGGGUUGUUGUCUCAUUAGUAAAUGCAAAGGAGUGGCCUUGUCUGUUUUACUCUGGUCUGUAGCCCUUCAAAAUUACCUCUUCAUGUCCUUGACACCAAGUCCAUUUUGGGGGAUUUUAAAGAAUUUGAUGGAUUUAAAUGUACUGUGCAAAUUAUAGUGUGUGUUUGAAUUUUAUGUAUGUGCCUGUGUGUUUCUGAAGUUGGUUCUAUUUAAAUUAUUAAAGCAUUAUAACUUUG